AGUUUUGGAUCGAUGGGAAUGUUUGAGAUCAGAGGAAAUCUUGAGACUGAAAUUCUGAGCUAAUAGGGAAGCUUAAAUAGUUAAGAUGCUGAAUGUUGCGGCUUUCAGUUUGGUGCUGUUGUCGUUGGUGACUGCUGGAGUAUGGUCGCCCGAGCCUAUUCAUCAGGCAGCACAGCAUCAGAGCACUGUGAAGCCAGAGGAACCUAAAGUUCUGGUGAGUGAAGCGCACGGAGUUAUUGUUGUGGAAUAUGAAAGAAAGGGUGUUUUGGACGCUGCAAAGAAGGGUACUCAUGAUGCCAUUCACACUGCUGCGGAUUAUGCUGAGCUGACAGGACACAACAUUCGCAACGCGGCUUCUCAAGUGGAGGAGGCUGCUGAAAAGGCUGCCGAUGUCGUCGGAAGAGGCGCUCGCAAGUUUGAGGAGGCUGGCGAGCAAGCUGUCCAUGUUAUCAGAAGUGGUGCUGAUAAGACCAAGGAUACCGUUAAAUCUACUGCAGGAAAGGUCAAGGAUAAGGCUGCUUCUGUGCUUCACCAUCCAGGGAGUGAGAAAGAGGUAAGUAAAGAUGAGAGGGUGGAGGGGUAUGUAAAGAAUAAACCUGGAGAAAUAUACACUUCUGCAAAGGAAAAGAUUUCUGAGGCUGUGGAUUCCGUUAGAGAUGCAGCCGCCGGAGCGAAAGAGCGUUUCAAGGACAGGUACCACGAAGCCACUUCGCACCUGCCUAAAGUCGGGCAAGGUAUAGUGAAUGAGGAAAAUGCAGAGUUAUAUGGUCUUUACAGAGAUUCGAACCCUGAAUCUACCUGGGAGAUCGCUAAUGUGAUAACUUUUGGAGAGCAUAUCGACAAGGCAGGGGAAAGCUUAAAGGACGCUAGUCGAAGAUUGAGAGAGGUGGCUGCAGAGAAAAUAGAGAAAAUUAAAACUUUAAAAGGUGAAGCUCAGGAGAAUUACAGAGAGAAUGUAGAGUCGGCUGGACAAGGUUUAACCAGAAGCUUCCAGACUGUGAAGGAAAAAGCAGAUGAUGCAUAUGAUUCCGCCAAAGACAAAGUUUCCGGCACCGGCGAAAAAAUCAGAGGAACUGCUGAGGAGGCUUACGAUUCUGCUAAAGGUAAACUCUCCGGCGUCGGACAGAACAUCAAAGGAGGUGCAGAGCAAACUUAUGAUUCCGCCAAAGGCAAAGUUUCAGACACCGGCGAAAAAAUCAAAGGAAGCGCUGGGGAGGCUUACAAUUCUACUAAAGGUAAAAUUUCUGGCACGGGGCAGAAAAUCAAAGAAGGCGCAGAGCAAACUUAUGAUUCCGCCAAAGGCAAAGUUUCAGACACAGGCGAAAAAAUCAAAGGAAGUACUGAGGAGGCUUACGAUUCUGCGAAAGGCAAAAUUUCGAGCACGGGGAAGAAAAUCAAAGAAGGCACAGAGCAAUCUUUCGAUUCCGCUAAAGGUAAAGUUUCCGACACCGUCGAGAUAUUGAAAGAAAGUGCUGGUCACACCCACGAUUCUGCCAAAGGCAAAGUUUCCGGCGCUGGGAAGAAAAUUAAGGAGAGUGCAGAACAGGCUUUUGAUUCUGUUAAGGGCAGAGUUGCAGAUGUGGGCGAGAAAAUUAAAGAUGAUGCAAAGCAGACUUAUGAUGCAGCAAAGGGCAAAGUUUCUGGUGACGGAUAUAAAACAGAGGAAACCCUAGGGAAGGCUUAUGAUUCUUCAAAGGAUCCCACCUCUGGAGGAAAGGACAGCCAAGAGUUUGAUCAUGUUGAACAUGGUGAAAGAAUCCUUAGAAUCCAGCGGGUUCUCAGACACGCCGGAGAAGUUGCCAUUGAAAAGUUCCGGCAGGCCAUGGACGAAGCCUAUGGCAAAUCCAGUAAUGGUUCUCACUUAUCUGAAAAUGCUGACGAUUUUGAGACUCGAACCACAAACCUCUUGAAAGACGCGGUUAUAAAUCUCACUGAUGGUUCUAUCAAGCAGUCGCAUUUGUUGCCUUCUAGAUUCGAACGGCUGCCACUUAGAGAGUCGAUGAAAGUGGGAACAAGAAUACUUCAUUUGUUAGCAUUUUCUACAUUAUAUGGGAGCUCCGUGUGGGUGAACCUCUUGGCAGGGCACGUUCUGGCAGCCACCAUUCCCAGGCAGCAGUUUGCUUUGAUUCAGAGUAAAAUGUACCCUCUUUACUUCAACACCAUGGCAUUUGGCUUGUCAAUCUGCCUUCUCACUCACCCGGCCAUACAUCCCUCGAAGUCUGAAGCAGGCAUCCAGAGAUUGCUGGGCUAUAAUCUCCUAUUUUCUCUUCUUUUCACGCUUGCCAACUUGCUUAUCCUGGAGCCCAGAACAACCAAGGUGGUGUUUGAGAAGCUCAGGGUUGAAAAGGAGGAAGGAAGGGGAACUGACGUAGCAGACAACACAAACGAAGACAAUGUUUUAAAAUGCAGAAUUAUGCGACUAAACAGGAAAUUGAAGUUUCUUCACAGGCUUUCAUCCCUUGUAAAUAUGCUAACAUUCAUGAGUCUGUCAUGGCAUCUGGUAUAUCUCUCUUCCUAUAUUAAGGAUACAGUUGUAUAAGUAGGUCUGGCAAAAGAUACAGUUGUAAAAGUGUUUGUAUAGGCAAAGUCGUCAAUACCACUGUUGUAAUUAGGGUCGAAUAUGUAUGUAUGAUGCAAGGCUCACACUUCAUCAGAAGUGUUUUUGAUUAAUACCUGUAUUUAUUAAAUAAGUUAUUUACGCCCUGUUCUGUUUU